AGCUGCUCCAUGAAACUGUCAUCACACGUCACAUUCAUGCUGUGCUGGUGGUGGUGCUGCUGCUGCUGCUGCUGCAUCCUCGCAGCAGCUGUCCCUCCUUUCAUCGCUCACACACACACACACACACACACACACACAUACACACACACUCGCUUCCGAAAAAAAAAACGCCACCACCCUCUCGUUUCACGCUAUAAAAGGUCUAGAACCUCUUGUUAGUUGAAGGAAUGUUGGCUGCUGCGGUUGCGGCGAGUCUGUUAUGUGUUGAGUCUUGGCACACGAGAUAUAUAUAGAGCGCGGGAUGAUGCCUUGUGGCGAUUGAACGCCCACUCUACCUCGACUACACAACUACAUCAGCACCACAACGAUGAGAUCCACCAUCUUCACUGUCGUCCCAUUGCUGCUCGCCAUCGGUGUCAUCGCUCAAGACGCCUCGGAAGCUGCACCGAGUGACGCUGAACCCUCUGCAACACCCUCAUCCGAUACAGAUGCUACCGAUAUCUUGCCUUCCGAAGCUGCUUCAGCGACUUCAGCAUUGGAAUCAUCUAUCGAAUCAUUGACGGACGAAACGAGUGCCAGUGCUACAGAUGUCCUCUCUUCCCUUGCAGGUGUCACGAGUAGUGUCCGGGCGGAAAUCACGAGUGCCGUCGCGAGCAGGUCCAGUGCGGUUGGAUCGAGGUUGUCCUCAGUGGCCGGAGCGGCAUCGAGGAGCAUCGCAACUUCACAUUCCGGAUCCAUGGCUGCCUCCAGUGCAGCCGCUUCGACCUCUGGAGCCGCUCAACCAGGAUUUAUCGUCGAUUAUACCGGUACUUGGACGGCUGCCGUCGGAGUGGUCGGUAUCGCCCUCGGUGCGGGUCAAUUGCUCUUCUAGAUGAGGCGCGAUGCGGCUCUAUCGACAAGACACGAUUCAUUCAUCCUUCCAUUGUUCCGUUUUUUAGACUCCAUUGUUUACAUGCCGAUCGACACUCUUCGCCAAACGGUAAUCUCGCCUCAUGUAGGUAGACCCUUCGACACGUGUUCUUUCUUUCCUCUGACACGCGGGGGGAGGCGGCAGGACCGACAUUGAGGAGAGAUAUACGCACACACAUUCACCUGUAGCAUAUGACACCACCAUGCAUAUUCCUCGCACGUAGACUCUGAAAUUGUCC